UCAUUUCCGCAUUGUCAUGCGUCAUUUUACUUCCGGUAGCUGUGUCGACUGUAAGGAGGGUCUCAUGGUAAAAAGACAUCCCUAUAGUUUGGAGUUAACAGAAACUUUGAAGGGAUCCAUGCCAUACCAUACCUCUCAAUGGAUUGGGAUCAGACUAUCUAGGAACCAGAUAUGGCUGAAGAUGUAGUGCACUAUAUGAAGUCUCUCCAUACCCAGUCCCCCACACCAUGCACUCCCCUCCAGUUGAUGUAGAGGAGGUAGCUGAUUAGUAGUGAUGGAUCUAAUGUAUCCCAGGCGUCCAGUGGCCUCGCCUCCUGACACACUUCAAGGCCGGAGACUGAGCCUGGAGACGUUUAUGGUGCGCGUCCACAUGGGGCCGCUAAGCCAGGAGACAGAAUUCACCAGUGUGGAGGCUGAAAAGACAACACAGGCCCUGGAGGUGGUCAGGAUUGCAGUGGCCAAGUUAGCUCUGGGAAAGGCAGAACAUUUUGAGUUAGCUGAAGUCUUUGUCUCUGGUGGACAGUUGUGUAAAGAAAGGAGAUUGUUACCUAAUGAAACGCCAGUCAGGAUCCAGUUGUUAUGGCCGAGGCCGAUGGCGGCUGCUGAUAUCCUGCCCUCGACACUGGACCCCCCCAGUCAGGUGACAGAGUACAGAUUUUAUCUACGGAAAAAAGGGGACAGAACUUCCAGUAGGACAGGGUCUUGGGUGGAAUAUGCUGAACCCAACCCAGUGGAUACUUUCCUCAGCUCAUUUUUAAAACAGAGAAGUGGAAAGGAUUAUCCUGAUUUGUGCAAUCUCCCAGAUUUGAAUGAAGUGACACUAAUGGAAAAUUUGAAACUUAGAUUUAGUAAUGGAAACAUAUACACAUAUGUAGGAUCCAUUCUCAUAGCUGUUAAUCCUUUUAAAUUCUUUCCUAUUUACAAUCCAAAAUAUGUGAACAUGUACCAGAAUCGAAGGUUGGGUGACUUACCUCCCCAUAUAUUUGCCAUAGCAGAUGCUGCUUAUCAUACAAUGUUACAUGAGAAAUCAGACCAGUGUAUAGUGAUCUCAGGGGAGAGUGGCAGUGGAAAGACAGAGAGUACAAACCUACUGCUGCAUCAUCUCACGGCACUCAGCCAGAAAGGCCUCCAUGGGAGUGGAGUAGAGCAGACCAUCCUUGGUGCUGGACCAGUACUGGAGGCAUUUGGCAAUGCGAAGACUGUCCACAACAAUAACUCCAGUAGAUUUGGCAAGUUUAUUGAAGUCAACUAUAAGGAAAAUGGAAUGGUGCAUGGUGCUGUGGUAGAACAAUAUCUGUUGGAAAAGUCAAGAAUUGUAUCACAGGCCCACAAUGAAAGGAACUAUCAUGUAUUUUAUUAUCUUCUUGCUGGUGCCACGGAACACGAGAAAGAAUCUCUGUGUUUGUCAGAUCCAGAUGACUUCCAUUAUUUACGGCAGAGCCAGUGCCAUACCCUAGAGGGAGUGGAUGAGGCCCAUGAGUUUGCUCGGCUAAAACAGUCCAUGGAAAUUGUGGGGUUCUCCACAGAAACCCAGAGAAGGGUCUUCUCAGUCCUGUCUGCAGUGCUUCACCUGGGAAAUAUAGAAUUUAAAAAGAAGUCAGAGAUCCACCAUGAUGAGGCAGUCUAUAUAAAGAAUAUAGAAAGUGUCCAGGUCAUUUCUGGCUUGUUGAAGGUGAAAGAAGAAACUUUAGUAGAAGCCCUUACAAUGAAAAAGACAACUGCGGGUGAGGAAACAGUGAUAAUCCCUUACAGAAUGGAGGAUCUAUUUGACUGGAUAGUACUACAGGUGAACCACUCUCUACUGGCUAAGAAGGAUCAUAAAGAACAUCAGGUAUAUCUGUAUGGUGCUCUAUUUGACUGGAUAGUACUACAGGUGAACCACUCUCUACUGGCUAAGAAGGAUCAUAAAGAACAUCAGGGCAAUUCUAUAGGAGUGCUAGAUAUCUUUGGAUUUGAGGACUUCACCAAGAACAGCUUUGAGCAGUUUUGUAUCAAUUAUGCCAAUGAACACUUACAGUACUACUUUAACCAGCAUAUCUUCAAGUUUGAGCAGGAAGAGUAUCAAAGAGAAGGAAUUCAGUGGAAGAACAUAGAGUUUAUAGAUAACACAGGAUGUCUGGAUCUGUUUGCCAAAAAGCCACAUGGACUGUUUCACUUACUGGAUGAAGAGUGCAAUUUCCCUGGAGCUACCAAUGAGACUUUGCUGACCAAGUUUCACACGGCUCACAAGGGGAACCCUUAUUAUGAAGCUCCACAGCUGAGGGAGAGUAGUUUUACCAUUCAGCAUUAUGCUGGCAAAGUCAAGUAUCAGACACAGGAUUUUCGUGAGAAGAAUUGUGAUCUGAUGCGCCCUGAUAUUGUCAGUGUACUGAAGAACAGCAGUCUGGGCUUUGUACGGGAGUUAGUUGGUGGUGACCCUGUGGCUGUGCUCAACUGGGCAAUACUGAGGGCUUUCUUCAGAAGUUUCUUUGCUUUCAUCAGUGCUGGAAAAAGAUACAGGAAAGCUGGAGGUACCAAACUUGGUGUUUUAAGAAGGCAGAAGUCAGCAGGGCAGUUUGUCAAAUUAGCACGCUCAGGCAGUGAUAGUGCUCUCAGAGAUGUCUUUCAUGUUGCUCUUGCCUUUUCUGCUAUACGCAGAAUUAAUUUACCGCGUUCCUCUUUAAUUGCAUCCCAAACACUUGAUCCUGCUGUGGGGCAACUGCAUGAGCGGCUGGGGGGCUUGGAUCUCCCCAGUAUGGAGGAGAAGAUAGAGGAGGUGGUAGAGGAGGACCAGCAAAGAGCACGUCACAGUUACAUCUAUACCAACAACUCCAAAGCCAUGCGUAAAGCAGCUAGAGUACUCAUGAAAAACAAGUCUUUCAAACCAAAGGUAAAAACUACCAAGGGAUUUCGAGAUCUGAAGUCCAUGAAAACCGUGGCUGGUCGCAGUAUGCUGUCUAGCAGAGGUGGCUCUAAGAAACAACCCCCCAGUGUCAGUGCCCAGUUCCAGAUCUCCCUGUCUCAAUUAAUGGCCACCCUAAGCCAAGCCAAUCCAUUCUUUAUCAGAUGUAUUAAGUCAAACUCAAACAAAGCACCAUGUGAAUUUGAUGAUGACAUCAUCCUGCGUCAACUGCGAUACACUGGAAUGCUGGCCACAGUGAUGAUCCGCCAAUCUGGCUAUAACUACAGACUCACAUUUGAGGAGUUCAUUCAGCACUACAAGCUUCUGCUGCCACGAGGACUUUGUAGCUCAAAAACAGAUGUGAUCUGUUUUCUAGAAACCUUAGACAUCAAUCAUGAGAACUACCAAAUAGGAAAGACCAAGGUGUUUCUGAGAGAAGCUGAGAAGAUUCUUCUAGAUGAUGCCCUCCACCAGGCCCUGAUGCAGAGAAUUGUGAGGAUUCAGAGAUGGAUGAGGACCAUAUUGAAGAGGAAGGCAUUCCUAAGGUUAAGGGAAGCCACUUUAAGGAUACAGGCUCAGUUUAGGUGUUACAUUGCUCAAAGACAACUGCAGGCUCAGUUGUUUGCUGUCAGAGACAUUCAGAAAUGGUACAGAAUGGCAAGAGAAAGAAGGAAAUACCUCCACUUAAAACAAAGAACCAUACAUCUGCAAGCCAAGUGUAGAGGAUACUUGGUAAGAAAAACACUUCAGGGUCUUAGAGAAGAAAAAAGGCGUCAGGCAGAGAGAGCACUGCAGAGGCACCAUCUUGGACAACACCAUGAACACGACCAGCAUUCGUCCACCAGUGACGAGGGAAUUCUUAGUGCCAAAGGGUCCAGUAAUGAGGAACUGGACAAAGAGUUUGACCAAGCUGACCAAGGACAGGAAUCUGAAGGGAGCAGUGGUUACCCAGAGGAUUCUGAACCUGAGUCAACAGGAGAGGUCCACAGUGUUCCUUCCACCCCCACCUCACCCACUGCCAUCCCAUUUGAUCCAGGAGCACUGGGGAGGAAAGCUAUCAGUCCAGGGUCCAGGAUAAGACGGGUGAAGCCAGCAUAUCAAGAACAAACCAAAGACAAUCAGGCCUCUCCUACCACCAGUGGUUGGCCUCUGUCCAAGUCAUCCUCAGCUGACUCCAUAGCUGGUCUAACACGCCUACCAGCUAUCACCAUCAGUAGAGAAAAACGGGCUUCAGCUCCACUGGCCAAACAGGAGUCCAUCACAGACCAGCUUGAUGUGGACGAGGAAGAGCUGUCAGGGAGUCCACAGAUAGUGUGAUGUCCUACUCAAGGAGAACCCAAUUCAAAAUUGUGCGUCAUUACAAAACUCAAGUCCAAUCUUUCAGUCACUAUAACCUUUGCAAGAAGAGUCACAAGAAGGAGGAUGACAGUGAUCUCUCGGAGCCAGAGGAUACUUCAGGGUCGCGGCGGAGUGCGCACCCUUCUGUCUUGGGUGUCCAUGUACUACCAACCAACAGACCCAGUGGCCAGCUCAGUGCCCCGUCCCCCAAAUCUUCUCCCAAGCUGGGGGUGAAAACAAAGAAAGCUUGGUCCUCCAAUGAAUCAUCAGAGCUUCCAGAACAUAGCGAGGAAGGAAAAAUAAAGAAGAAGAGGAACAGCAAGAGGAGGAAGCGGGAAAAGGAGAAGGAGAACAAGGAGAAAGGUGGCAGUGGGAAGUGGAAUGUCUCUGGUACAUCAGCCUGGCAAUAUCCUCCAGACUUAACUGUCAACAGUGUAGAAGAACUGCAGAGAAUGAGCAAGUUCAUGUUUAACAAGAUUGCUGAAUUGAAUAAAGAUUGUGGAAGAAGAGACACAGUACUAGACAAAGUCUUCAAGGAUUCUUUGAGUGAAUUUCACAGAAAUCUCAUCAGCAUUUUGUCUGUUAAAAUGCAGGAGGACAAGACUUCAGUCAAGUACAAAGAGUUGAUGUCUAACUUCCGUCAGAUUUUGAUCAAUGGUGCUAAGCAAGAGGGGCAAGAUGAGAACAUGUUUCCUGCCACCAUUUUCAUCAAUGCAUUUCGAGGAUUUCUUGAUGAGUUCCAGAAAGAGCGACCCAAGAUGAAGGUGGAGGAAAAAUGGGAAGUGAAGCCUUGGAGGAAGAAGAGGAAAGAAAAGGAUCCAGUUUUUAUUGCUGAAUUGAAUAAAGAUUGUGGAAGAAGAGACACAGUACUAGACAAAGUCUUCAAGGAUUCUUUGAGUGAAUUUCACAGAAAUCUCAUCAGCAUUUUGUCUGUUAAAAUGCAGGAGGACAAGACUUCGGUCAAGUACAAAGAGUUGAUGUCUAACUUCCGCCAGAUUUUGAUCAAUGGUGCUAAGCAAGAGGGGCAAGAUGAGAACAUGUUUCCUGCCACCAUUUUCAUCAAUGCAUUUCGAGGAUUUCUUGAUGAGUUCCAGAAAGAGCGACCCAAGAUGAAGGUGGAGGAAAAAUGGGAAGUGAAGCCUUGGAGGAAGAAGAGGAAAGAAAAGGAUCCAGUUUUUGAGUACCUUGGUCACAAGUUCACCACAGUUCAGUUCAACAUCCCUACAUUCUGUGAGGUGUGUGGAAGAAUGAUGUGGAUGAUGGAGAAGGGCACCUACUGUCAAAUUUGUAAGUUUACCUGUCACAAGAAGUGUGGUGUCAAAUACAGGACCCCCUGUAAAGGUCAACAUGGAGACAGGUCUAUUGAGGAGGAGGUAUCUGGUAUAUUUGGAGUCCAGCUGUGUCAUUUACUACAGCGAGGAGUAAAGGUGCCCCCAGUAAUAGAGCGCCUGAUUACAGCCAUAGAAAUGAAGGGGUUAUACACAGAGGGGGUGUACAGGAAGAGUGGAGCUGCUGUGAAAACAAAACAACUGGUCAAGGCAAUUAAUGCUGAUCCAGAUGGUAUAGACUUUGAUAACUACCAAAUCCACGUGCUAACAUAUGGUCUGAAGCAGUUCUUAAGAGAAUUACCGGAGCCAUUACUAACGUUUGAGCUGUAUGACGACUUUCUUCAGGCUACAGACUCCCAUGAUGAUAAAGACUGCACCCAAGCCUUGUAUGCUGUGAUUGAAAGGCUACCAAAGCACAACUUUGACCUCUUUGAAAGACUCAUCUUUCAUUUAGCUAGGGUGGCUUUCCAUGAAGAAUCCAACAAAAUGUCUGUGAAUAGUCUUGCCAUUAUUUUUGCGCCUUGUGUGCUGAAAACAAACAAACAAAUGCCUGCCCAGGAAAGUCUCAGCCAUGUUCCUAAACAGACCCAGUAA